AUGACAAGCGCGUCAACGCCCGAUUCUUUGCAAAACCGUGUACCAGAUAGUUCCGACGGAGGCUCGUCAAAUGGAUGUUCUAGGCCCGGAAUCGGGAAAGAUGCUAAUCUUAUGCCUCCGGCAAAGACGCUGGUUGGAAGAGCGCUAGGAAAUGACCUGCAUUCCGAUGCCCACAGAGGCUCACAAGCAUCCAAGGAUGGUGUCGGGUUCGCCCUAACUGACACUCCGAUUUCUACCGCACCUUCGUCUCCACAAUUCAAUGCUAAUAACACUCCAACUACGACCGCCUCGACGCCUGGUCGGGUUCGUGCCACCACACUUGAUAUUCCAGGUCUCACCAAAUCGAAGGUGUCGCCUGAUGGUCGGAUUGCUCAACGUGAUGUUGGGUCCAAGCUAGUCAUUGUCAUGGUCGGCCUCCCUGCACGGGGGAAAAGUUAUGUGACCAAGAAAUUGGCUCGCUACUUAAACUGGCUGCAGCAUGACACCGAAAUCUUCAACAAUGGAGUCACUAUUGUGCCACCAUUUAAUGCGUCACCAGAAGACAAAAGGGCUAUGCAAGAAGCGUCCCCUGAACCGCUUGACCAGUCUGCAAGCUUCUUCGACCCUAAAAAUCAGCUGGCCGUGAAGCUUAGAGAGCAGGUGGCCCUGGACACCUUAGACGAACUGUUGGACUAUAUCCUCGACAGAGGUGGCAGCGUUGGCAUCCUUGACGCAACUAAUAGUACGAUGGAGCGCCGCAAAGCAAUUGUAGAUCAUAUUCGCAAGCGUGCUGGCCCUGAGCUCGGUAUAUUGUUCCUUGAGAGCAGCUGUGUGGAUCAAGAGCUGCUGGAGGCCAACAUGCGCUUGAAAUUGUCAGGUCCGGACUAUAAGGGCCAGAACCCAGUGAAAGCAUUGGAGGAUUUCAAGAAGCGUGUUCAACUAUACGAGAAAUCGUAUGUGCCCCUCGGCGAAUACGAAGAAAAACAUAAUAUGGCUUAUAUCAGGAUGAUCGACGUGGGUCGCAAAGUUGUGUCGCAUCAGACCCACGGUUUUCUCUCAUCCCAAGUCGUCUACUACCUGUUGAACUUCAAUCUAUCACCGCGGCAAAUAUGGAUUACCAGGCACGGCGAGAGUAAGGAUAACCAGGCAGGCCGAAUCGGUGGUGACUCGGAACUCAGCGAAAAUGGCCAUCGCUAUGGCAAAGCACUCACCCGAUUCAUUGAUCACCAGCGAAACGAGUGGGAAAUGAACCAGAGACAGAAAGAGAUGAUGCAGAAGUUUCCCCCACGUCCGGGUGAUAGCACUCCGCCCAACCCUUCGUACAUUCCUAGUGACCGGCCACGCAAUUUCUGUGUUUGGUCCUCCAUGAUGCAGCGUGCGAUUUCGACAGUCGAGUCUUUCAACGAGGACGAAUAUGAUGUCAAACAAAUGAAGAUGCUCGACGAGCUUCAUGCGGGAAAGAUGGAGGGCAUGACAUAUGAGGAAAUCCGUGAAAAAUUUCCCGACGAAUACGCGACCCGCAAACGCGACAAGCUUUACUACAGGUAUCCAGGACCUGGAGGAGAAGGGUAUCUGGAUGUUAUCAACCGACUUAGAGCAGUGAUUGUCGAGGUUGAGCGAAUGACCGAUCAUGUUUUGUUAGUCACUCACCGAGCCGUAGCACGCGUCCUUCUGGCUUACUUCAAGGGCCUCAAAUGCGAUGAGGUGACAGACUUAGACGUGCCUUUGGGAAUGUUGUAUAUGCUUGAGCCCAAGCCAUACGGGGUUGAGUUCAAAGCAUAUCGCUACAACCCAGACACCGACUGGUUUGACUAUAUUCCCAAUUUUGAGCUACGCCAGACCAGCGCCAAUUAG